CCAAUUCGAGGCAAUUCCUGGCGAUUGCUGGUUUCAUUGAGCCUGCGCUUAAGAGCUCAGUGCCACGCUGCCGGUCAACGGACAUGGAUCUCUUCGAAAGUAUAGGAACUCUUACCUUUCUCAUUCUUCCGAUCGAUCGUCUUCUUAUGAAUCGAUCGAUAAUUCCGUUCGAUUUCUUAUCUCGUCUAAAGUGGAUACCGGAAGAGGGAUAAUCUUGCGGAUAAUUCGAACAUAUGACGGUUAAAAUUUCGGGAUGAUUUGAAUUCGUUGGUAGUGCAUGGGACGCGAUGAAAUUAUUGUGCAUUUGGUACAGGACCUGUGACGCGAUGAAUGCACGUCGAUCAUCACUGAGAGCGCUAUGUGAUCUCUCGAAUCGUUUAAUCGAGGUUCAAGGUUUCAGUUCAAGGACUUCUGCGAACGAACAGAUAUGAAAUGGAUAGCUAAUACGGAUAUAUUUGAUGUGACUGAGAUUAGAAUGAAAAUAAUGUGGAAUUUGUGGAAGUUGAACAGAUUGAUUACAAAUUGAUAGUGUGUGAUAUUCAAGAUGAAUUGAACGGAUUAUGAGAUUAUUAUAAAGCGUAAAAUUUAAUUCAAGUAAAAUUAAAUUUUCAGCGAUCAAGAGUCCAUUAUUCUCUCCGCCAUGAUCUUCGUUCCAAGAAAUAUCGGGGUCGCAUUAGGUCAAGCGCAAGAGGUCCAUAGUCGAAGUGGAAGCCUCCGAUGCACAAUUUCCCAUCACCACAUCUCUUGAUCGUGCACAACCCAACCCGCUCCAAUUCCCACAUACCCCUCCAUACUCGUUAAAAAUGUUAUCUAAAGCACACUAUGAACUGAGGCGGUGUUCUCCAAUCAUCGGGGGCGGUCGCAAUGAUGUGGUUGUGGCAUAGCCACGAGACCAACGAGAAACCCGACAGAGACAUCAACGAAGAAGAUCAAUGAACACUUUUCUCUGUCUUUCUCUCUACAUACACACAUACAUACAUAUAUACAUACAUACAUACAUACAUACAUACAUACACAUAUAUAUAUAUAUAUAUAUAUAUAUAUAUACCCGAUGCAAUGAAGAAUCACGAAGUGGUUGGUAACAUAGCAGAGGUAAAGAAAAGAAAGAAAAAGGAAGAAGUAAAAGAAGAGUAGGAGAAGAGGGGUGGAGAAUAAAUUCUCUCUCUCUCUCUCUCUGUGUGUGUGUGUGUGCAAGGAGAUUAAAAACAGAGAUGAAUCUUGUGCAGAAUGAAAAGGGAGAAAAAGAGAAAGAAAGAGGAAGAAAAACAGGAGGCACAGCAUACCGCGCCCGCAUAAAACGGCUGUCCUCUCAUGGAGCACGUAUGGCAUAGUAGGUGCUACAGGAUUGGUUGGCUUCCAUGUGUGGGGGCGGCCUGACCGGCAACCCGUUGAAAAUAUAAGCGUGUGUGAGUGUCGGUUGAUUAGCCAGAGUCAGAACGGAUCGUCGCUUAGUGCGACAGUGUCUGGUUAGUUAAGCAGCUCUUGUUGUUUCGCGCGAUCAACUCACCCGUUUGUCGAUAGAUAAGAAAAUUGGGGAAACCCGUGACGAUUAAUAUAGAUUCUCUCAUCUUUCUGGAUUAAUCUUCUUUUUUUUUUUUUUUUCUUCUUUUUUUUUUAUUAACAACGUUUCAAUAUACUUUAGAGAGAGAGAAAGAGUAUCCUCCAAAGUAUUCGGUUUCGCUGUUACAAUCUGUUCAUGUGUCGACGACACAAUGCUGGCUCGCUUCGUUAGCUCGAACUAAUCAAAAUUAAUCAUAACCCGGGCAACAAUUGAUCGCAAUUGGCUUGGAUUCCAUUACGGAGGACGCGCGAACCGCCAUCCUGCGCGCGCCUUUUUGCAUAAUUGGCCAGCCGGAUUGUUGGAGGUCUUGGCGAAGAAGAAACCGAGGGAAUCGGUAGCAAUAAAGAGAGCAGGAAGUGAAUGGAAAUUGUCACCGUUGAUCUAAGUAAUUUAUUGCAAUCGGACUAACGACGCGAGAAUAAGAAAUGAAUUUAAUUCGGGGGUUAAAAGAAAGAAAUAUUUUUUAUUAAUAAUAAGAAGAAAUAUUUUUUUGUUGGGCUCUUUAAAUUUUAAAUUAAAAGAAGGAAGAAACAAUUGAAGAAACAUCAAAAGAGAAGAAAUAUGUGAUCGAAAGGAAGAAAAGUUUGUGUCGAUUCAUUGUGAUUCAAGAAGAAAUGAAACAUCUCUACGAUUGAAAAUUGAAACUGUUGAAAAAAAAAAAAAAUACAAAUAUAUAUUGAAGAUCGAAAGAAAAAGUUAUUAUGUAUUUAUUAACAGAAGAAGAAAAUCUACUUGCUCGAUUCUAGUGAAACCAUGUGCCUAUUAAAAUUCUAAAAAGAAGAAGAAUUUAUUGCCUUUUGUUUUUUUUAAUAUCAGAAGAAUAAUCUAAAAUUAUUUUUUAUAUAAAUUAAAGAAUUUUUAGAAGAUAAAUCAAUUUUUAAAUUCUAAAAGGAUAUAUCGAUUAAUGAAAAAUGGACGGAGGUCCUUUCGAUGAUCCGAUCUUCUCUGAUUUCGGCGGUCGAGGAGGUUCCGGGGUUCACAGUAUUCAAGUGAUGCUCGGUCUUCAUGGUGGACACCACGGUGGCGAUUUAAUGCCUACUGGAGGCCAUCUUCACAAAUUAGAUUCUUCGAAUAGUCCACCGCCUCAUCAUCAAACGUCUCAUCAUCAUCUGCAACAACAACAGCAACAACAGAAAGAGCUGAAAGAAUUGGAAUUGGCUGGAAUGUAUGCUCCUCUUCCUCAGACGCAGGAUGUUACUACUUCGACGUCUACCACUGCGACCCCGACCUCAACGACAUUGCAACAGGGCCUUCAGCUUGGAAAUGCUUUGAAAAGGAAGCCGGAGGAUCCAAUGAAUACUCUUGCUCCAGUUAGUAGCGAACCACAACCAGCUAAGAAAGACUCUAAAAAAAAAACCGACAACAAUGGAAUCAAAAAGAAGAAAACUAGAACAACAUUUACCGCUUAUCAAUUGGAAGAAUUAGAAAGAGCAUUCGAACGUGCACCAUAUCCUGAUGUUUUUGCACGAGAAGAACUCGCUUUAAAACUUGCGUUAUCAGAGUCAAGAGUUCAAGUAUGGUUUCAAAACCGGCGUGCAAAAUGGCGAAAGAGGGAACCUCCGCGUAAAACUGCUGGUUAUGGUAUGGCUGCUGGUUCAGCAAGCCCUGGUUUAUCAGGAUCAUUUACUUCACUGAACAAUACUCUUAAUCCAUUCGCCUCGCCGACAACAGCGACAGCACCACCGGAUGCCUGGGCAUAUUCUCCAGCUUACGAUUUGGCACCGCAUUUAAAUCUACUUAGCCCGUCUAACUCUCCAUACUCAACCUCCUUUGGUGGGCCAAGCAACAACGGAUCGGCAUACUCGUACGCGACAAUGCUUCCACAACACGAUGCCUCGUUAUUUUCCUCACCAUCAGGCAAUACAAUGCGUGUGCACCAGGACUACAUGAAUGCUAGUAACAGUCCACCACCACCUCUAACUCGUAACGACUAUCAGACUAUGGUAACUACCCACUCACCACCCACUCAUCUGACCAAUUCCAUGUCCGAAGAAGAACAUCAACAGAAUAAGCAAUUGGAUUAUGUCAGUGGUCUUAGUCCAGCGGAUAAAUAUCAGCACGAACAACCUGAUUACACCCAACAACAGCAACAACAACAACAACAACAACAACAACAACAACAAGAUCAAAAACAAGAAUAUGGGAUGCACUCACCACAAGGACGUCAAGGAAUGAAAGAGCAAGUGAUGGUGAAGAGCGAACCAACUAGUCAAAACUACGUGCAGUUGCCUCCUUUUCUGAACUGACUCGAAACCUCCGGUCUAGAUUUGCUCUAGAACAACUGGUGGUUCCGAUUUGGAAUAAGUCUUCCUUGGCAAAGGAAUAUUAAGUUCAUAAUAAGAUCGUAUGAAUAUGCUUGCUGAUUUUUCAUCUUUGAAUUUCUUUUUUGAGCUGAAAUGAAAAUAAAAUCGAAGGCUUUGUUUUAAUUAGAGUUAUAAUUUUUUAUUUUAAAAAUAAAAAAAGUUUUUUGAA